AUGCGGGCAGGCCUUCUCUUCAGGGCUGUAAGCGACCAAUCUCAAGGAACCAACUCUGCCAAUCUCUUCGCCCCUGCGGCCGCUGGCUCGUCAGAUAGGUCGAGACAAUCUUAUCGGCCACCGCUUGCCAUUGAUGGACAGAAGCUCAAGAACGCGCUGAGCUGGAGCAAGAAAGAAGACAGCAUCUUUACGUUCUUCACCCCGUCCUUGCUCUUCGCGAUCGCAACUGCUUCAAAGAGAAAGUACAGCGGAGACACAAACAUCAAGCUUAUAUGCUUUGAUGCAUCCAACGCGCGGACGCUGCAGGGCGAACGAGUAAAAUUCGAGCUGGUGUCGACCUUGAUGGAAAAGCUGGACAUCGCCAUGUACAGAAGCAACAAGGCGCUCAAGGAAUUCUCGGAUGUGAUUCUGACUACAGCUUGUUUCGUACCUGGAAACGAUGUACGGGUCGCUCAAUUCGAUCAAAUAGAGCUGCAAGGACUCUAUCAGCUCUAUCCAUAUCUGGGGGAGAAUCGAUACCGCGCGAGGCCGAAGCUAAGUCGUGUCAUCGAGAACGCACGAGGUUUCGGCUGGCAGAGCCAGCGACCGCUGUCUUUGCAAAAGAUCGGUCUUGCUGCUCAGCUCGCAGCAGUAUUCAUCGGCGCUUCCAACAAGCGGAUGCACUCGACCAGUAUUGAGCCACGCCUUCUGGCCUCCUUCCUUGGUUUGCAAAAGCGACACUUCGCAGACAGUGCUUUGAUGUGUUGGCUCGACAAGUUUUCCCAGGAGGUCAUUGAGAUUGACGGCUGCGAGGGUACAAAGCCCGAUUCUUUUUGCCACAGUUCUAUUCCAGAAGUUCUCCAACAGCAGGAGCUUAUGAAAGUGCUGAACAACAGGCAGAUGCUUGCUAGUGCACUUACCAGUAACUGCGCAGUCGCAACAACAGUUGUGGAUUAUGAGGCUCACGAGUUCGAAGAAUGGCAAUCGAUGAACCAUGCUCAAUAUCGGGCUGAAAAUCCGAGGGAUGGCAGCAAUGCGGGCAGGAGUCGAGUAAAGAGGAGGCUGCGCGAUAGAGACGAUCGCCCAUUCGAAAGACGCCCCCGCAGAGAAUAUGCCCCCCGAGAUCGCGUCUCGAGGCCAAGAAACCACGAAGAAUCUCACAUCUAUGGUGGUCGCAGUGUCCUGGCAACCAGGUUGGAGCGUGCGGAUGGCCACAAGUACCGGCGUGAGAGACGUUACGAGCACCGCCGCCACUGA